UGUCAAUUGAAAAUGUGGGUACGGUGUUUGGUUUCAGUGCUUUUCCUCAUCAAUGUAUUCCAUUCGGGCACCAGCAUACCCAACCCAUCCCUGUACAAUCUCCCACGAGCCCUUUUCAGCUUGGCCGGCUCAGCAUCUGCUGCGUCUUCAUCAAUAGACAAUCCCCAAUCCGCCAAAUUUACAAAUAUCGUGGAUUAUCAUAAAAAAGAAGAAAAACGACAACAACUGCAAACCGAAAAACGAAUAGGAGAAGAUGACGAAAUUUCUGAUGAUCCUUCAGAGAAAGAAGAGAAUGAAGCUUCGCCGAGUUUCCUGCAAAAGAAAGUUAAUAGGAUCUUAGCGAAAAUUCAACUCUUUUCCAGUUUUGCUGAUUCUUCCGCAACGCAAGAUUCAGAAGUAGAAGAAGAAACUAAAAACAACUCAACAGAAAAUACUCCUAAAUCCGAUGUCAAAAUAGACUUUGGUAACUUUCCGUCUCCUACAUCGAAAACAGCAAGUUCCCAAAAAGUUGUUGUUCCCGCAGAAUACGGGGCACCUUUAAGACUAACGUUGGACAUUAACGAUGUGGAGAAUGUAACAGAUAUUGAACAUAUUAACUCACCGAAUUGUACGCAUAUAGAGAGUACGAAUAAACUGGGCCAAAUCGGUGUAUACUUUGCAGAAUUGUUCGGAAGCAUUGUAGGACUGGCGUACGGUGCAAUGGCGCAUAUAAAUAAUGCUCUGCAAGGUCAAAAUAAACCAGAAACAACAAUUUAAAAAAUGUCUAUAUAUAAUUUGUUGAUCAUAUAUCCCUUCUUAAUAUCUGAUGUAUUUCCAGUACUGUGAGCAUCUUAUUUCAGCAUGAUUUUUAAAAUAGCCAAUACAUUAUCUAAUGAUUACAUAUUUAGACGAAUUGUAGGGCUAGAAUAUUUAAUCAAUUUUGUUAAUAGUCAUUACUUAUACAUACUUUUAUAGAUUUUGGACUUUUGAAGCAGUAAUAUA